CAGCGCGCGGAUCGUCGAGUAAUUGCCCCUCUCCAGACAUUUCUGUGGCCGCGGCGCUCAGCUUUCAUGAAAGCCGAGCAUUUAAAUGGCUAACUCACAACCACAGCGAUUUUCUUUCUGUCUUGAAAUGGAAAACUGGAGAAUCCACCUCGCUGUUGUGACUUUUUGCGCUCUGCUGCAAAUCUGUCAGGGACUGACUGCGAGUGUGGAGGAGGAAAGAGGAUUAUCUCCGGACUGGCAGGACGAGUCACUGGACCCGAGAGCCACACUGAUGAAAAGAUCCAAGUCUCUUCGUUUCUACGGAUUAAUGGGAAAACGUUCAGAUACUAAGAAACCCUUUCAAGUUAACAGACGAAACAAAGGGGAGACGUUUGUGGGCCUAAUGGGAAGAAGCAUCUCCGGCGCUGAACCUUUGACCAGAAUAAAUCCGUCUGAAACAAUCACCGAGUUUGACGUUUCCGAGAAACAACACGAGCACGGUUCACCAGAGGAAUGGAUCCAAAUCCUGUAUUGAUGGAGAAAAAAAAACAAAAAUAUAUAAAAAAACAAAACAUACACACUAUGAUCUAUACAAUUUUACACCAAAGAGGACGCGACACACGUCAUACUCCUUGAAGUUCAUGCCGACGAUGACUGUGUGACACAAAAAUAACCAUCGUCUUCAAAUAAAUGCACAUUUCCUGAAAGAAAGAACACUUUCUUUUCUCUCAUUUUUCUUUUUUUGCACGAUCAAAGCAAAAAACAUUCAUGUUUAUCAUGUAACAUUCAAAGCAGAUUUCAUACCAUUCGCGCACUGGAACGUAUGGUGCUUAAAAUAUAUAUAAAAAGUACAAAAAAAAAAAAAAACAUCCGUGACACGAAGAAGCAGAAUAAAAAAAAAAAAAAGAAACAGAAA